GCAGCGGCGCGCGAGGAGCUGCGGUUUCCGUGCUCCGAGUGUGGAGAGCCUUCUAUGUGGAGCAGACUAAAACAGCACGGUAACCUGUACGUUAGGUUACUCGUGAAAUAAUUUUCCAAGAUGUAGUGCUUCAGCUGUGUGAAUUUUGUGUCUGGUUAAUCUAGUCGAACUUGAGUGGGAGGAUCCACGAGCGUUCGCGAGAACUUUUGGUGAUGCCAGUGACCAAGCCGGACGCAAAGACUAAUCAAAAUUCAAGGACCGUUGGCCCACCAAGUCGUCAAAAGCUUUUGGAAGAGACAUCUGUUCUUUUUAAACGUAUCGCCGGAGCGUUGUUUGAGCCCUGCUUACUGGUUUGUUCACAAAAGUGCCAUUGGCAGUGAUGGCCUCGUCUGUGCAUCAAAACGGCAGCGUACCUGUUGCCUUGUCGUGCUUGCCCGAGAUUGAACAAAUCAUUCGGAAGUUGGAACAUGGCACGCCACUUAUCAAGUUCUACCAGAAGGGUCGGCCUGAAAAGAGGACUUUCUCGAUCAAGCUGGAAACCCGGCAGGUCAUUUGGUGGCGGCCAGUCACCGGGCGCACAGUGGAAGAAGGAGCGGUUGACCUGCGAGAAGUCAAGGAAAUUCGUCUGGGACGAAACUCAAAGAUAUUUGACCGGUGGCCAGAAGAUGCUAGAAGAUGGGACCCUGCCCAGUGCUUUGUUAUAUUUUAUGGCAGUGCCUUUCGCCUCAAGACAUUGUCUUGUGUCGCUACAUCAGCCAAGGAUUGUGAACAGUGGAUCAAUGGGAUUAGGCACUUGGUCUCUGAUACCUUGUCUGCAUCCUAUCCACUUCAAGUUGAGCGAUGGCUACGUAAGGAAUUUUACGGCAUGCAGAACCCACGAAAUGUGAUAACCCUGAAAGAUCUUAAAGCCUUCUUCCCGAAAGUAAAUUGUAAGCUAUCCACAAACAAAUUGAAAGAGUACUUUCAAGAGGUCGAUACCAACAGGGCUGGUGAAAUUGGCUUCGAAGGUUUUGCAUCCCUGUAUCAUAAUUUGAUGCAUGAUGAGAAGCUGUUCACGGAUUUCUUCAAACCAUAUGCUGAUGAAAACGGGAAAGUCACCGUAAAGGCUUUCCAAAAGUUUCUCAUUCAGGACCAGAAGGACACAGUGUUCGAGGAUGAAAGGGUAGCAAGCAAGUUUAUGCGCGACUAUCUGCAGGACCCUCUGCGGGAUGCCCAGGAGCCAUAUUUCACUGUGCCCGAGUUCCUAGAUUAUUUAUUUUCCAAGCAGAAUGAGUUGUGGGACAGCCAGCACAACCAAGUCAAUCAAGAUAUGACACGACCACUAACCCACUAUUGGGUAGCAUCUUCACAUAACACGUACCUUACGGGAGACCAAGUGAAGAGUGAGUCCUCUGUUGAAGCUUAUGCAAGGUGCCUUGCAAUGAGUUGCCGCUGCAUUGAGUUGGAUUGCUGGGAUGGACCAGACGGCAUGCCUUAUGUGUAUCAUGGCCACACCUUGACAACAAAAAUCAGGUUCAUUGAUGUCAUCAAGACAAUCAAAGACCAUGCAUUUGUUGCAUCUGAGUACCCAGUAAUUUUGUCUAUUGAGAACCACUGCACCUUACCACAACAAAGAAAAAUGGCCAACUUGUUUCAGGAGGUGUUUGGAGAGAUGCUGCUGACUCAGCCAGUAGAACGAGAUGGUGUAAAAAUGCCAUCUCCUGAGCAGCUCAAGUGGAAAAUUAUCAUCAAGCACAAAAAACUUCCUGAAGGAACAGAAGACAGAGUCAUUGUUAACAGAGUUGAUGAAGGUGGCCAAGAAACCGAUGUCAGCAAUGCUGUGAAAAAUGGCAUCCUUUAUCUUGAGGAUCCAGUUGAUAAGGAGUGGCGGGCACAUUUCUUCAUGUUGACACAAAACCGAAUGUACUAUGCUGAAGAACAGCAAAUGCAGGAUGACGAGGAGGAAGGAGAUGGUACAGAGCUGCAACAGCAGCGAGAGGGUGUGCCCAAUGAAGAGCUGCACUUUGGGGAGAAGUGGUUCCAUGGUAAGCUGGCAGGAGGCCGGCUCAAAGCCCAAGAGUUGUUGCAGCAGCAUGCUCACCUGGGGGAUGGGACCUUCCUGGUGCGGGAGAGUGACACCUUUGUCGGCGACUAUUCACUCUCUUUCUGGCGCCAGGGCAAGGUGAACCACUGCAGAAUAAAGUCCAAACAAGAACGAGGCCAAACCAAGUACUACUUGAUUGACACAGUGGCAUUUGACACCCUGUACAGCCUCAUCAGCCACUACCAAACGCACCCACUGCGUAGCCAGGAGUUCUACAUGUACCUAAAUGAGCCUGUACCCCAGCCCAACAAGCAUGAGGGAAAGGAAUGGUACCAUGCGAACAUGACACGUACUCAUGCAGAAGAACUGCUGAAACGAGUGAAGUAUGAUGGUACAUUUCUUGUGCGGCCAAGUGAAAAAGAAGACAACUGCUUUGCUAUAUCCUUUAGGGCAGAGAAUAAGUUGAAGCAUUGUCGUAUCAAGCAAGAAGGCCGCCUUUUUGUCAUCGGUACAGCCCAGUUUGAAAGCCUUGUUGAGCUUGUGAAUUACUAUGAGAAACACCCACUGUAUCGUAAAGUCAAGCUCAAGUACCCUGUGAAUGAAGAUAUUAUUCGGAGAAUUGGAACGGACACUGAUGAUAAUCCGCUAGAGGUCGGAGGACCCGCAGGUACCUACAUGGAUCCAGACAGCUUUUCAGGAGCCUUUCGUGCGACAGUGAAGGCCCUGUAUGACUACAGGGCACAGCGGGAAGAUGAACUCUCAUUUUGCAAGCAUGCCAUCAUCACCAAUGUAGUGCGUCUAGAAGGAGGAUGGUGGCGCGGCAAUUAUGGCGGAAAGCGGCAGCACUGGUUUCCUGCAAACUUUGUGGAGGUGCUUGAAACACAGGAUGCAUCUGACGAUGGGUCUGGAGAUGCAAUGCCCUUAGGUACAUUGCAGAAAGGAAGCAUUGACAUUGCUGGGUGUACAGUAGAUAUUCUACAGAGUUGGCCAGGCAGGGGACGAGAAUGGGUGUUCCGCAUUGUGUCACCGACCCAACUAAUGCCCAUUGAGAUAGCUGCUCCUUCCAGGGAAGAGAUGCAAGAUUGGGUGCUCAAGAUUCGAGAGACUGCUCAGUCUGCCAACGACAUGAUCCAGCAAAGAAGGGAAAUGGAGCGAAGCUUGAGGCUUGCUAAGGAAUUAUCCAAUCUCAUAAUCUACUGCAGAUCUGUGCAGUUCUGUCCUGAAAGGAUUGGGAACUUCACAGAAAUGUCAUCAUUUCCAGAAACGAAAGUUGAGAAAUGGAUGAGUCCUCAGCACUGCUCUUUCUUCCUCAAAUACCACCGACUGCAGUUUAGCCGUGUAUAUCCAAAGGGCAGCCGCAUUGACUCCUCAAACUACGAUCCCGUGCACUUGUGGAACUGUGGCUGUCAAAUGGUGGCUCUCAAUUACCAGACGCCAGACCGACCAAUGCAACUUAACCAAGGCCGGUUCUUGCAGAAUGGGCGGUGUGGAUAUGUACUUCGACCUGAUUUCAUGCAUGAUGAUGGUUUUGACCCGUAUGACAGGACUACGCUGAAGUCUGUUCACCCAGUCACGCUGUCAAUCAGGGUCAUUGCAGCACGUCACCUCAUGAAAUCAGGACGAGGCAUUGUCAGCCCAUUUGUGGAAGUGGAGAUUGUUGGAGCAGAUUAUGACAGCUGUAAAUACAAAACUGGAACAAUGCCGGAUAACGGUUUAAAUCCUGUAUGGAAUGAGGUGUUCAUGUUUGACAUCUGCAAUGCCAGCGUAGCACUUCUACGCUUUGUAGUGCAAGACGAGGACAUGUUUGGUGACCCCAAUUUUCUUGGUCAGGUCACUUACCCUGUAUGCUGCCUAAGAACAGGUUACCGCAGCAUUCCAUUAAAGAAUGAGUACAGUGAAGAGCUUGAGCUGGCAUCUUUACUGGUGCAUCUGGAGACUCAUGCAACAAAGGAGGAAGAUGAGGCGUAUGUGUGCAUUCAGCGCCUGAGAGAUGAAAGCCGUGAGCUGGGUCGAGCUUUAGAGGAAAGUGAACGCCGAGGAGAUGUGCAGCAAGCACAAGCGCUACGCCAACAGCUUUCCACCACCCAGGAACAGCUGCGCACAAAGCGUGAGGAACGGAGGACCACAUUCACUGCACUUAAAUGACAUCGAUGCCAAAGAUUGCAGUUGGAAAGAUCUCAGCCAACGUAAUCUACCAAGCAGACACCUGCAGCGCAUUUAAGGAAUUGAGACCUCUGCCAUCCAGAGCUUGCUGAUAAUAUUCUGUAUAUUUACUUUGUUAAGCUUGACUCUUGAUGUGAUAUUUUACACAUCAAUGCCUUCGAGAAGUUAACUGUGUAGGGGUCAAUUAUGUGUGCUACUCUUGCCAGCCAUUCAGCACAGAUAUUUUGGAGCAUUUCAUUUUUGAGAGCUAUAUGUGUAUAUAUAUAUAAUAUACAAACACUAUUUUCGAAGUUGAAAUGCAUGAACAAAGUGUUGGAUUACUUGACGAGAGGUCACCUCACAAAUAUUCAACUUUUGCCUUUUUUUUUUUAAGUCAUGACUGUUUUUAUUGGUACCAAAUAUUCUUCAGACUGUUGCAUUUUAUACAAGAUUUCUGUAACUGGGAAGCUACCGGUGAGUGUGCCAUGCUUCCUUGUUGCAUAUUUUGUAUGGGUGGAUGUACCUACACCCGUUGCACAUGCAGAAAGGUAUGCGCAGAUUGGUUUCUGAGGAGUUUUAAAAGUACCGACUGGUGCUUGUCCAGCAGUAGAAAAAGUUGCACAUAUUCUUUUGUCUGCUGUUUCACCUAGCAGCAGUCAUCCUAUUGUGACAGCUAUGCUAUAUGUGAAGUGCAGAACAUGUGAGCCUUUAGUACCUGUAUUGCAUGUGCAGAUAGUAACUUGCAUAGCUUUGCAGUAUAUGGCUGAUUUAGGGCAAUCUAGUUUUUUUGUGUAUGGUGAGCUCCUUGAGUGAGAUCGUGCUAGGAAACAGUCAUCCUUUCAAUGUCAGUCAUGUGAACUGUGACAUCUACUGACCAAAAAGAUUUGGAACCUGACAACAUUAGUCCUUCCAUGGUUUGGGAACAAAUGGAGCAUUUUCUUACCACUGAAUUACAAGUGCUGUCUGUAACUCUACUCACGUGGGUAGUCUUUCAGCAUUUGUCUGUGGCCACUUCAAGGAGGGCAAUUUCCUAGGGAAAUGCUUGGGCAUGUGGCUUGAGGCUUCCAUGUAAACAUACUUCUGGUACUUGUAUGUACUUUUUGCAAUGACAGUUCUUGGUGCUUUUUCUUAACUGUAGAAGUUUGGGAAACAUUUGUGUUUUCUUGACAUAUUAUGUGUGUGAGCAUAUUUCUAUGGAUAGUAUGAAUAGCACUUUUCAUUUCUCUACAUUUUGAAAUGCUAUGUAGAAUAUAUUUGUGUCGUUAAUUAAUGUCCCGGAAUUCAGUAUUCAGGACCAAGUACCUACAUAGCAUUCUGAAUAUUAUCCUCCCACUUUCUUCAUCUUAAAGUAUUACUGACAUCAUAACAUAAGCUACUUGUAAUUUCUUUGCAUUAAAUGAAGGUUGAAAUCCUUUAAAAAGCCUAGGAAAAAAUAGCGACAGACACGAUAAAUUCUCACAUAAAUGCAAUUAGCACGAAAGCAAUAUAGCGACACAUCGUGUUGUCACCACAGGCGUACAAAGUGGUAAUCUUGCUGCCAACCACAAUGCCAAAUGAUAUCACGACACAGUAUAUUUUGUAAUCAUAGCACCCCAGUUGAAACUCCAUAGUACCCCUAGUAUUCUGCCUGCAACUUCAUUACAAUGGCUCUCUGCCGAAGUGCCAUGCUCAACGCGGAGGUGCAUAUUGUAGAUGGGGCACCAUCGCUUUAAUAUAUUUAAGGCCACAUACCCUUUCUGUCACCUUGGCACAUUCAUUCUGGGGGUUAGCCAAGAAUGGACACAUACCAAUAUCACACAGGCAGUACCCCAAGUUGUCCAUUCAGGCACUCACCCAAUGGCCCAUGGUGCCUGCUCGGCAAGACAGCACAUACUUAGUGGCCCAAGCUGGUAUUUAACUUGGGUGUCCGGGUGAAAGAGGUUAGAUACAUACCGCAAAGUGGGUAAAGUUCCUAAAGAUUGGCAAUUGCUUUAAUACUGGAGUCAGAGCAGCCUAAAUAAUUUACUGUUGUAUCUAUGAACCAGUUUUGCCUAUGGCCUAUUUUUGCUUACUUUUGUGUGAUACACAUCAGCAAAUUUCUCUCUGUCAUGACUGUCAUGAUAAUGUUUAUGAAACCAAGUCCGGAAACCUUCAUACUUGCUUAAUUGUCAUCCUUUUAUGUGGAUGAAGUAUGUCAUAGAGCUUCUACAAUGUCUAAAAUGUGUGUCAGUACUCCUUUAAGGGCAGAAGUGGGGUGGGGGGCAGAGAAAACAACAAAGGUAAAGGGCAUUGUGUACCGACAUUGACGAGCAUUGAAGAAAAAAAAUGAUUGAAAAGUAUAUUUAAUAAGGCUCACCAUUUUUGAAAAAUGCACAAUAUUUAGCACUGUGCUGCUAUGACUCUGUUGGUCAGUGUUGAUUGUCCUUAAUGUUGCACGGUGCUGUAGUUCACAAUCAUGUUGCUAUGUUUGGUCUAGCACGUAUGUUGCAAUAUAAAAUAUUUAUCAUGUAGGAAUGUCAGAUAAGCACUAAUUGAAGUUCUUUAGUGGCUGCACUAUUUUCUUUUUUCACAUUCUUGUACAUUUUCUCUUCUCAUGAAUCUAGUUUCCAUUACUAAUUGAAAGCUUUAGUUAGUUGCCCUUCCUUGCCAAUUCCUGAUGCCCUUCAGUGUUCAGCAGUUGGCAGCAGUUGUAGCAAAGAAGAUACAUUAGAUGUAUGAACCAAGCUUUUUUUUUUUUAUUGAACAGUGCAGGCUUGAAAUUUAAACAAGUGGGUUUAUUCUUUGUAUUGGUCCAAGUUUCUAGAACUAUACUUGAACCCCAUUCUAGUUCAUACUAAAAUUGUCCCCAUAUCCCCUUAAUACUUACAAUUUUUUUUAUUUUUUUUUUUAGCACGUGCUGAAACUUGAGGCUGACCGCUUAUUAGGGUAUUGUGUUGAUGACGUCUUGAUCUUCAUGUUUGUUGGGUAGUCCUGGGCUACCUUGUCUAGAGGUCACACAAACCAUAAAAACAGUUGAGGAAAUGAGCCAAUAUGGUCACAUUCAUGUCUUGUGCUACCGGUGUAUGUGAAUGCUUUUGUUAUGUGCAUUGCUAAUUAACACUGGAUCAGCACACAUCCAAGAAGGUUUAUGUAAUGUUUACGCCUCAUGAAAUUUGGAAACCUGUGAAAAAAAUAUACUUGGUUAUUGUAUAAAUAUUUAUGGUAAGUGUACUUUGUGAGAUGAUAUACUGGCAUUAAAUCUUGUGACAGCAGGGGCACUCGCCAUGCUCAUUCAAACAGCUGGUUUGAUUGAAGAAAUGUCUGUGUGAUGUGCAAUCUAAUUUCACUAGUGGAAUACCUAAUCUUCUUGUUUGUACAGUAUUGCAUUUUGUCAGACAAGAUUGUGUGACAUUUGUGUGGAGCAGCUAACCGUCUCACACUGUUACUUUCAUUAACUGGCUGUUGAAGCUUUGUGCCAUUACUACUUUCCUAUUGUUGCUUCCUUUGUCUUUUACAGAUGUUUGUUGUGUAGAUGAUUUGUUGCAAGAGCACAGAAGGCUAUAAACCAUUGGGCAAAUUUAACAGUUUUGAAGAAUAAAUAUCAGCUAUGGCAUGCAUAUAGUUUUCUAGGGUUGCGUGAAUGUUUAUAUCUUGCACAUAAUAAAACACUGCUGAGUAUGGCGGUAAUGCUUUGAGUGGCACUUAUAUAAGUAUCAGGGGUAAAGAAAAAAAAUUUCAACACUGGAUUUUCUUUUACACAAUAUUUAUGCAUGUGGAACAAUGCAUGUAACAUGAAAAAACAGAAUGGCUCCAGCCAUGCUUUAUUUUGAUAAUGGUAAGGUAAAUCACAGGAUGAUUGUGCAAGUUUGACUGAGGCAUGGUCUAGAUAAUGCCAUGAAACCUUCCAUAGUGUUGUGUAAUAAAUACGAAGAGUAUUUUCUAAUUUCCUGCAUAAAUGAUUGGGUACCAUUUCACAAAUGAUGCAGUUCAUUGUGGCUAAAGUGGUCCCAACAAGACAGAGGUUCACAGGAAGAUGGAGACUAAGUUAUCAGCAUUGGUCGAACAAAGGCAUCUCACACUAUAGCCAACAUUUUGACGAAGGGACAACUCCCAAUGUUGGCUCUACCCUGUCAAGUCCCUUGCAUACCUGCCAACCUGUGAACUUCAAAAUUUGUAAAAAAUAUCACAGACAUGCUUAACAAAUGGGGGGAGUGGGGGGGGGGGGCAGCAUGCAUUUUUUUAAUCAUUUAACCUGAGAACAUGUUUUGUGGGACACAUACUCGCUGUAUUAACAAUGUCUUCCCCCUAGAUGCACAACACACAAGCAGCAGCAAACUUUGAACAGCAGAGUGUGACAAGCAACACAUUGUUUUUACAUCGCAGUGACUUUUUUUGGUGACCCUACUGUUGCCAAUUUCACCUGCUUUGGGAACUUGUCAGAAUAAACUUGCUGAAAGCAAGUACCCCUCUAAUGUCCUUUCACCAACUUCCAAGAGUAUGGUUGAAGACCAACUAGCAAAAGUCUUUUGCAAAUGUAGUCCGUUUUUUGUAAACCUGACGCAACAUUAGUAAAAUUGAACAAGCCCAAAUUUGUAAGCUUGAUAAAAAAUUCGGAAGAGUAAGCAGGCAUGCCCUUGUUUGACCACUGUUGUCCCUAGCCCAGUUUAAGAACAUGAAGUUUUUUAGAACAUCUAGUUUCUGUGGUAUUGGAGCACACUAUUGUUGGCAGAUUCAACACCACUAGCAGGCUUUUUGAUCAUUCUGCAUUCUGUUGCAGCAGGCUACACAGUCUUGAAACACACAUUACGUAUGCUAAAUAUGCCUGUUUAAAUACAGGCCUAUAGAAUACAUGCCUAUUACAUUGUUGCAAUUCACGCAACCCGAACUGUCUCUGAUGCUUGUGUCGCUACUUCUAUUUCAUUGCAUUUAAAUUUUCAAUACUUGCCCAUCUUGUGACCCAUUAAUACCACUUAAUUUUUAAUUUAUGUCAUCCUAGAUAUUUAUUUGCACUUGUUACUACAUAGCAAACCAUUUAUAGUAUGUGUUGUAGUGAAAUAAAAUGAUCAGUACUGUGUCAA